CCCUGCCCUCAGGCUUGCUAAACUUACAGUCCUGCUGAGAUACUUGUGUAGCCGAAUCAGCCAGCCAACCCAAAGGCACACCCUUCUACCACGAUCUUCUCGCCAAACCCACCACCGGCCACCUUCUCUGUACAAUAGGCUUCUCAGGAUGGAUGUCACUCGCCUGCUCCUGGCCACCCUAGUGGGCUUCUUAUGCUUCCUUACUGUCUACAGUCACCUGGGACCCGAGGAGACGCUCAGAGAUGACAGGAAUCUCAGGAGCAACUCCUCCGUGAACUCGUUGGAUUUCUCUUCAGUUUCGAUUGUGGCACUGAACAAGAAAUCCAAGAGGAUCAGCAGAAAAGAAGCCGAGAAACGGAAGAGAUCAUCCAAGAUGAACGCUUCGUUGAAGGAGGCACGGCCCCCGCCACCCACGCCCUGCGUGGCCACCCGAGACAGCUGCAAGCCGCCUGCGCCCGCCUGCUGCGACCCGUGCGCCUCUUGCCAGUGCCGCUUCUUCCGCAGCGCCUGCGCCUGCCGCGUACUCAACCCCUACUGCUGAACCCGCUCCCGCGCUGCGCG